AUGAACCACCACAGAAAACCAAGCGACGCCAGCAGCUCGUCCUCGCUGGACUCUCGCCCAUCCACGAGCAGCAGGUCCGACAUGUCAGUCGACUGGGAUCCCCUGCGUCUCCACCCCCCACAGGCCCGAGGCCUUGCUCCGCUGCUUCCGGCGCCUCUGCCUAGGGAAGUCGCCCGCCCUAGCAGCAGAAGCAGCAGCAGCCGCUGGCAUCAGCCACGCGAGUUACGGCAAAUACGAUCCUCACACAACCUCAAAGGCGAUGCACGUCGUCAACCAAUGCAGCACACGUACCAGCCGUCCAACACCAUCAUCUACGGCGGCUUCGACUUUGGAUUCGAUGCCACGGACGCCACAGCUAGCAGCAGCAGGAGGAGGGAACCCUCUCCGUCACCAAGCAUAGCAAGCAGUGUUAGCAGCAACUGCAGCAUCAGCGGGUCUGAUGAGGAGAUAUCGGCCAUGAUGGCCGGGGGUCUGGCCCCUGCCCCCGCCCCACGGCCCCGCCCCCGACCCCGCCACCAAGACGGGACGGGCUUGGACAACGGCGCCGAAUACUUUAUCCGGCGCGGCGGGUGGAAGAGACGGGGCAUUGUUUUCGACGCCGGGACACCUCUCGCUGGCGAGGACGAGACUUUUGAGAUUUGA